GUUCAGACAGUACCUCCGCCUCCUUCGUCUCCGCCGCCAGCUCGAACUCAUGAUUCCUAUAUGCCCAGUAGUUUCAUUUACCUAUGUACCCAGCCGGCUGGGAGAAGAUGCCAAAAUGGCUACCGGCAAUUACUUUGGAUUCACCCAUAGCGGGGCUGCUGCUCAAUAUAGCCAGCAGCCAGCUUCGGGUGUAGCCUAUUCCCAUCCAACUACAGUUGCUAGCUACACUGUCCACCAGGCACCAGUUGCCGCGCACACAGUUACUGCAGCCUAUGCUCCAGCAGCAGCUACAGUUGCAGUAGCCAGGCCUGCUCCUGUGGCUGUUGCAGCUGCUGCAACAGCUGCUGCAUAUGGAGGCUAUCCUACAGCGCACACAGCUACAGAUUAUGGUUAUACACAGAGACAACAAGAAGCUCCACCACCACCACCUCCUGUCACUACGCAGAAUUACCAGGAUUCCUAUUCUUAUGUUCGAUCUACUGCCCCAGCUGUAGCUUAUGACAGCAAACAAUAUUAUCAACAGACGACAGCAACUGCUGCAGCUGUGGCUGCUGCUGCCCAGCCUCAACCUUCAGUAGCUGAAUCAUACUACCAGACAGCUUCAAAAGUAGGAUACAGCCAAGGGGCAACUCAAUAUACCCAAGCCCAGCAAACACGACAAGUGACAGCUAUAAAACCUGCAACCCCAAGUCCAGCAACAACUACUUUUUCCAUAUAUCCAGUAUCUUCUACUGUGCAGCCAGUAGCAGCUGCAGCUACUGUUGUUCCAUCCUAUACUCAAAGUGCAACGUACAGUACAACAGCAGUUACUUACUCUGGUACCUCUUAUUCUGGCUAUGAAGCUGCAGUGUAUUCAGCUGCAUCGUCCUAUUACCAGCAGCAGCAGCAGCAGCAACAGAAACAAGCGGCGGCAGCAGCAGCUGCUGCUGCUGCUGCAACAGCUGCUUGGACAGGGACCACCUUUACUAAAAAGGCACCAUUCCAAAAUAAGCAACUGAAACCAAAACAACCUCCCAAACCACCCCAGAUCCACUACUGUGAUGUUUGUAAGAUCAGCUGUGCUGGACCACAGACUUACAAAGAACACUUAGAAGGCCAGAAACACAAAAAGAAAGAAACAGCAUUAAAAGCUUCCCAGAACACCAAUAACUGCAGCACUUCUGCUCGUGGAACUCAGAAUCAGUUGCGCUGUGAGCUUUGUGAUGUGUCUUGUACAGGAGCAGAUGCAUAUGCUGCCCAUAUUCGAGGAGCCAAGCAUCAGAAAGUAGUAAAAUUGCACACAAAACUUGGCAAACCCAUUCCUUCAACUGAACCAAAUGUGGUUACCCAAGCUACUUCCUCAACAUCCACAUCUGCUUCCAAACCAGCUGCCUCUGCUUCAAAUGUGGCAACUAGCAGCAGUACUGUGAACUCCUCUGUUGCAUCCUCUGCAGUGAAAAUUCUUACUCCUGUGGGAAACACACCACUUAACAUGGCAUCCAACAACAAAACAUCUUCAAUCACUGCUAAUAUAGCUGUAAAGAAAACAUCUACACCAAAAAUAAACUUUGUUGGCAAGUACAGAAGUGGUAAUAAGCUUCAGACAACAGGAAGCAAACUGGAAGAAACAAAAUCAGUUGAAAGUGUUAAAACAACUCCUGUUGCCACGAUACAAACACAAGAAGUAAAACCAGACACAGCAACUGAACCAGGGACUCCUACAACUAUUGCUGCCUUGCAAAGUGAUGUCCAGCCUGUGGGCCAUGACUAUGUGGAAGAGGUAAGAAAUGAUGAAGGAAAGGUGAUCCGCUUUCACUGUAAACUUUGUGAAUGCAGUUUUAAUGAUCCUAAUGCCAAGGAGAUGCACUUAAAAGGGAGGCGACACAGACUUCAGUAUAAGAAAAAAGUAAACCCAGAUCUACAAGUAGAAGUAAAGCCCAGUAUUCGAGCAAGAAAAAUUCAAGAAGAAAAGAUGAGGAAACAGAUGCAGAAAGAAGAAUACUGGAGAAGGAGGGAAGAGGAAGAACGCUGGAGGAUGGAAAUGAGACGAUAUGAAGAAGAUAUGUACUGGAGGAGAAUGGAGGAAGAGCAGCAUCACUGGGAUGAUCGUCGCAGAAUACCAGAUGGAGGAUAUCCUCAUGGUCCUCCAGGACCUCUCGGCCUGCUGGGAGUUAGACCAGGAAUGCCUCCUCAGCCCCAAGGACCAGCUCUUCUACGCCGCCCUGACUCCUCUGAUGACCGCUAUGUGAUGACCAAACAUGCAACAAUAUAUCCAACAGAGGAGGAACUGCAGGCAGUCCAAAAAAUUGUUUCUAUUACUGAGCGUGCUUUGAAACUUGUUUCUGACAACAUGACUGAACAUGAAAAGAACAAGAGCAAAGAGGGAGAUGAUAAAAAAGACAGCAGUAAAGACAGAGCUUUGAAAGGAGUUUUACGGGUAGGCGUUUUGGCUAAAGGUUUGUUGCUCCGUGGAGACAAAAACGUCAAUCUUGUUCUGUUAUGUGCUGAGAAGCCUUCAAAGACUUUACUCAGCCAUAUUGCUGAAAGUCUUCCCAAACAACUCGCAGUAAUAAGUCCUGAGAAAUAUGAUAUCAAGUGUGCAGUCCCAGAAGCAGCAAUAAUUUUAAAUUCAUGUGUAGAACCCAAAAUGCAAGUUACUAUCACACUGACAUCUCCAGUCAUUCGAGAGGAGAACAUGAGGGAUGCAGAUGUAACCUCGGGUAUGGUGGAAGAUCCACCGGACGUCUUGGACAGGCAAAAAUGCCUUGACGCUCUGGCUGCUCUACGCCACGCUAAGUGGUUCCAGGCUAGAGCUAAUGGUCUGCAGUCCUGUGUGAUUAUCAUACGUAUUCUUCGUGACCUCUGUCAGCGUGUUCCAACUUGGUCUGAUUUUCCAAGCUGGGCUAUGGAGUUGCUUGUGGAAAAAGCAAUCAGCAGCGCUACUGGACCACAGAGUCCUGGGGAUGCACUUAGAAGAGUUUUUGAGUGUAUAUCUUCAGGAAUCAUCCUUAAAGGUGGUCCUGGCAUUCUGGACCCUUGUGAAAAAGAUCCUUUUGAUGCACUUGCUGUAAUGACAGAUCAGCAACGAGAGGAUAUUACUUCAAGUGCACAGUUUGCACUGAGACUCCUUGCGUUCCGUCAAAUUCACAAAGUUUUAGGAAUGGAUCCGUUACCACAGAUAAAUCAACGCUUCAACACCCAUAACAAUCGUAAAAGGAGAAGGGACAGUGAUGGGGUUGAUGGAUUUGAAGCAGAGGGAAAAAAAGACAAAAAAGAUUACGAUAACUUUUAAAAAAGUUUGUCAUGUGGGCUAAGUUUGGAGAUAAUAGAAAGUCCAUUUGUCGCCUUACUUUUACUCCAUUCAUAAUAGUGUCAGUUUAAAACAUCCAAAACCAACUUGAAAAUUAGAUUCAGAGAACAACCUAGCCGUUCUAUGAGAUUCUGAACAUUCUAAUGGAUGUGCUUUAUCAGAAAAAAUUAUGGAUGGAAAAACUACAAAUGGAAACUCUUAUUAGAAAAAAAAAAAAAAUAGUUUGAGGUUUUUUCCCCUUACUGCAUUUUCUUUAAAAGGGCUACUAACUAUAAUAAGUACUCUCCAUUUUCUUUCUUGUUUCUGUUAACAAGUACAUUACCUUACCUUGACUGUAUUUAAUACAACAUAUGUGCUUCUGUUGCUAAAAUGUCAAAAUACAUAUAUUUAGAAGAUUUUUUUUCACUUACCCUUGACGCUAGUUGUAUAAGUUACUUUGUGUUAUACAGUGUAAUGCUAUAACAUGAUAGAAAACAGCAAUAGCAAUGGAAUAGCAGAGUCCCAGGCUGUAACAAAUGAGAAUAAGCCCAAGUGCAACAAGCACAUCUACAACCCCCACCCAUUCAAAAGACCUGAAAUAAGCAGGGAUCUCUAAAGAAAUACCUUUACCUCCACUGCCAAACCUUAAAUGAGGUCUGGGAGAGGUUGGAUCCUGACUCUACCCAUUCUAGUCCAUUGCUUGCACCUGAGCUCCUUUGGGCCCUGCCUUCCCACCAGGUGCUCCAUCACUGUUUCAGGCUAUGACUUAGCAUUUCUGCUACAGGUAGUAUAAACUGUUCCUCUCCCAAAUAAUGUGUUUCAGAAGGUUUUGGGUUUGUUUUUUUUUUUUUUUUUGGUAAUAUGAAACCGCAGGAGUAUGUGUUUUUUUUUUUUUUUUUAUGUGAAGGAGUUUCAACAUAAUUAUCCUGGCAUUUGAGAGAAUCAGAACUAUGUGUUUUUACUUACCUUGUGGCAUUUGUUGUCUUAGUGUGAUAUAAUGGUGCAAUUAAGACAAAUUUGUGUUACUCUAAUCAAGUUUGCUGUUCGUUGUGCAUUAGUAUAAAAGCUAAUAUAUUAAGUAUGGUCUUGCAACGGUUUUAAGGCAGCUGCAUAAUUGAUCAAAGUUUUGCAUAAUAUUUUUGUUUAUAAAUCUAUCAUUUUAGGUUAAAUGUGUAGUUUUUUGUCUGAUUGACUUUGUGACAUAGCAAGGUCAAAAAAUAACUUACUGAAUUUCUUUUCACAACAUAUAAGCAGAAGUGGGCAUUUUCCAUUUGGAAAAAGUCAUUCUUUUCAGUCAACUUUGUCAAUAUUAUAUUAAUGCCUCUCAGCCCUUAAAAAAAAAAGUUUGUCAUAGCAGUCCCUAUGAGUUUAUUCCUUAUAGUUAUUCUUGUAUAAGUUUUUUUUCAAUGAUUCUAAUUUUAAAAGUAUUAUUAAAUGGAGGAAAAAAAACAAAACUAUUUGAUGUGACCGUAGUGUAUGCUUAUGUCUCUUUCAAAAAGCUAAACAUAGCAGUGGUGUAAAGUUGCAUCAUAAUGUUGAUGUAUGCUCUAGUACACAGGUGUGAUUUGUUGUCCCAGCACUAGUGUUAUACACCAAUAAAAACUAAAAUUUUUUAAAUUACUAAAAUUCAUUAAAGACUGGAAACUGAAGUUUCACUUACUCUGUUCAAUGUCUAUUACACUUCAUUACAAAAUUAUUAAACACAGUUUAUCAUAGACUAACAUUCCAGUAACUACACAGCUCGCUCUAAAAGUAAUGCCUCCUUUUUAUUUCCAUGGAAACUAUAACAAAUACAAGGAGCAGAGUGUGUAAUAGAGCAAAUCCUCAGCUAGAAAAAGCUGUUUUUCAGGACAGUCACCACUAUUAGCUAUGCGUUUUUGCCAACGAUGAACAAGAGCCUACAUGCUGCACUUCGAACAAUCUGCAACAGUGGAGGUGACUCGCUUGUUCCACAGUGGCUAUGACAGCAUUGUUGCUGAAAUGCAUGACCCAGUGCUCUGUCACCCUCAUUGUAAAGUAGUUCCUAUGAACUUUCUAUAGAACUUACUAUGUUUCGGUUUAUGGCCAUUUCCCCUUGUCCUGUCCCCACAGACCGCUUAAAAGAGGUUGGCCAUGUACCUUUGACUCCCACACUAAAGAUAUUUAUAAACAUUAACAAGAUCAACUCUCUGUUUUCUUUUCUCAUGGCUGAACAGACAGGUCACUCAGCCUUUCCUCAUAGGGGAGAUGUUCCAAGCCCUUUAUCAUCUCUGUGGCCCUCUGCUGGACUCUUUCCAGGAGAUCCCUGUCUUUUUUGUACUGGGUAGCCCAAAAGUGGAUACAGUACUCCAGGUAAGGCCUGACCAGGGCAGAGUAGAUAGGGAGGAUCACCUCCUUUGACCUGCUGGCCAUGCUCCUUUUAAUGCACCCCAGGAUCCCAUUGGCCUUGGCCACCAGGGUACACUGCUGGCUCAUGGCCAAUCUGUCAUCAGGUUGUCACCAGGACCCCUAGGUCAUUCUCCACAGAGCUCCUCUUCAGCAGGUCUUCCCCUAACCUGGACUGAUACUUGUGGUUAUUCUUUCCCAGGUGCAAGACUCUACACUUGCUUUUGUUAAGCCUCAUCUGAUUUCUUACUGCCUAGCCUGUCCAGGUCCUGCUGAAUGGCAGCACAGCCUUCUGGCAUAUCAGCCACUCCUCCCAGCUUUGUAUUGUCAACAUACUUGCUGAGGGACACUAUCCCCUUGUCAUGGUCAUUGAUGAAGAUACUGAACAAGACCAGACCCAGCACAGACCCUUGGGGAGCACAGCUAGUCACAGGUUUCCAAUGAGACUCUGCACCACUGAUGACCACCCUCUGAGCUCUGCCAGUCAGCCGGUUCUCAACCCACCUCACCAUCCACUCAUCUAUCCCGCACUUUCUCAGCUUUAGUACCAGGAUGUGGCAUGAGACAGUAUCAGAAGCCUUGCUGAAGUCAAGGUAGAUGACAUCCACUGCUCUCCCCCCAUCUACCUAGCUGGUGAUGCCAUCAUAGAAGGUCAUGAGGUUGGUUGAGCACAAUUUCCCCUUGGUGAAUCCAUGCUGAGUACCCCGAACAUAGAAAACCAAGAGUCAAAAGCUGUGCAUCCACAGUCAGCACCAUCCUGUCAUUCCUAGAAAUGUACGGAUUUCCUUGGCGUCUUUGUGGCUCAGGGGUUUGGCAGAUGUCUUCUUUUGAUCAUUUGGGCUUUCUGUUGAGAAACUUUAUAAUCAUUUAAAGCAAGAAAUUCAGCAAACUCACAGUCCAUUGUACACAGUCCUCUUUUGUUGUUGUAGCAUCCACGUACUGCAGUGAUGUUCUACCCUGGGAUGGAGGAACCCAAAUCUCAGGCUCACGAGUUGACCAGUUCUCAAAAGUCAUUGGGCUGUACUCACAACCCUGGGUAACCCUGUCCGGGUUAACUGAGUCUUUUCUCCCUGUAUUGGGGUUUUCCUAUUCAAAGGCAAAUAACUUUUAGACUUCCUUUGUCAAAACCAGGCAGAAAACGGUGUCCUUCAAAUCGAGAAGGUAAGCUCCACCUAUUCAUUCCUUAACUUGGUUAAUAAAGUGUAUGGAUUUACCACUGCUGGGUGUAUAUGUUCAACAAUUCUAUUAAUUGCCCUCAAAUCUUGUACCAAACUAUAGCUCUUGCCAUCUGAUUUUUUCAUCAGCAAGAUUGCGGUAUUGUAUUUGGAUUCACAUUCAAUUAGUAAUCCAAACUCCAAAAAGUUAUCUAUUAUUUCUUUUAUCCUUCUACAAUCUUAUAUCCACAAAGGCUACAACUUUACCCUGACUGAACUAGCUCCUGCUUUUAACUUCUAUUGGGGGUGCACUUUUGGCUCUACCAGGUAUCCCUGAUACCUACACUCCUGAGGAUACCUGAUUUAAGAUUUCUGUAACUUCUGGGGAUACAACCUUGUUUUUCCCAGUUUGUGUUAAAGACAGACUUAAAAUUUUAAAUCAGUUAAUAUUGUUUGACAUUUAUCUCCAGUUUUAUUGAAUUUAAUCUCUGCAUCCAUUUGUUUUAAAAAUUUCUGGCUGAGUAACGGUUUUGGAGAACCUGGCAUGUACAAGAAUUUAUGUAUUCCUACUUGUUCUCCCAGCCCGUAUUUAGUUGUUCCUGAAAGGUAAGCUUUUUCUUGUUGGCCAGUUGUCAUGGUUUUAUGAUUUUUGGUCAUCAGUAUUCCACACCAUAACAUCAUGUAAU